AUGUCCCUUGAUUUAUUGCACGUCACAUCGAGUGUGUCACGUAUCCUAGAAGCCGAUCGGAACCUGGCCACUCGGGUUCCAUUCAAGGCUGUUAGGUAUGAGGAUGUUGGGUCUGUGAAUACUGAGGAUUGGCUCGGUGAGCGGGAGCCUGAGAAGCUUGUUAGGGAUGCGCUUGAUGAUUUGAUUCGGUUGAUUGGAGGUCGUGUCGAGCUGAGAGAUUUGGAUCUUGUUGGUAUUCACGUUGGGAUUGAGCAGAAGCAGAAGCAGAGGGCUUUUUCUGCUGAGAUGGCGGCUGGGGAGGCUACUUUUGUGGGGCUUAACGGGGUUCUGUUCAAUACUUCUGGGGUUUAA